CCGAAUCGCGAGCAUGCACGGUGUUUGUGAGUGCAACUGAAGUUGAAAAAUCGAAUUUGCUGGCCGAAAAACAAUUUCAUUUCGACUGUAGCAAAAGGAUAUCAACCAGUGGUAUUGGAUAGUUGUGUUUUACGUUGAAAAUUUUGGCCGUCCAUCAUGGUCAAGCGAAAUCACAAGUACCAAUCCGGCGAGGGCGCCCAGUACAUGACCCGGAAGACAGCGAUGCGGAAGCUUCAGCUUUCGAUGCAGGACUUCCGCAGGCUGUGCAUUCUAAAGGGGAUCUAUCCACGAGAACCGAAGCACCGAGUGAUUGCCCAGCGUGGUAGUACGGAUAUCAAGAUCCUGUACCACAAGAAGGACAUAACGUUCCUGCUGCACGAACCGAUCGUUUGGACGUUGCGAGAUCGAAAGAUUUUCAACAGGAGAAUCGCUCAUGCUCGUGCCAAGGGAAAUAAUCUGCUGAAGAAUGUCCGGAUGGCAAACUAUCCGGAAAUCAAGCUGGAUCACAUCAUCAAGGAACGGUUUCCGACGUUUGUCGAUGCGAUAAAGGAACUGGACGAUUGUAUGACGUUGUUGUUCUUGUUCAGUACCUUUCCGGCAAUGAAGGUCAUCACGAGAGAUGUUACUUCGUUGGCGAGAAGGUUGACGAUCGAAUUCAUGCACUACGUGAUAGCGUCCAAGUCCCUGAGGAAGGUGUUCGUUUCGAUCAAGGGAUAUUACUUCCAAGCGGAUAUUAAAGGGGAAUUGAUUACCUGGAUUGUGCCCCAUUACUACCCGUUCCAACCGCAGAGGAAGGAGUACGUGGAUUUCAAGAUUAUGAAAUCGUUUGCCGAUUUCUUCACAGUAAUGGCCGGUUUUGUCAACUACCGAUUGUACAAUUCGAUCAAUAUGGUGUAUCCGCCUCAGUUUUCCGUUUCCAUCGAUUCCAACGAGAGUAGAACCAACGAGGAUACGUUCGUUUCGGAGCGUAUUGCUGCGUUGAAUAUGGAUUUGUUGAGAUCGGAUCACCAAGGAGCGGAGGCAGAAGAUGAGGAAAUCGAUUUGAAACUGUUGGACAACGACAAGGACUCGGAACAGGUCCGCAAGAUGCAUGAGGAAGCAAUGAGCUUGAACAAGUUGAAGAAUCUGUUCAAGGGGUUAAAGUUCUUUAUCAAUCGGGAAGUUCCGAGGGAACCUCUAGUGUUCAUCAUUCGCUGCUUCGGAGGAAAGGUGUCCUGGGACAAGCAUCUCUUUGUCGGUGCAACCUUCGACGAGACGGAUGAGUCCAUCACACAUCAGAUUGUGGAUCGUCCAAGUUUGAAUAAUCAGUACAUUUCCCGGGAUUACGUCCAGCCCCAGUGGAUCUUCGACACCGUCAAUCAGAGAAAGCUCCUUCCGACGAAUAAGUACUUCAUCGGUGCUGUCUUGCCUCCACAUUUGUCACCAUUCAACCGGGACGAUGCGGUCUACGUUCCUCCUGAGGAAGCCGCUAUGCAGACCGGAAAUGAAUUCGAGAAGCAGAACCGCGCUGAAGGAAUCUCCGACGACGAAGACGAAGAUUUCGGCAUGGAGGAAGCUCGCCAACAGGUCCAGUUGGAUUAUGCCUUGGUGAAGGCGUUCAAGGAGGAGAAGGCGGAAGCAUUGAGCAGCGGAAAACCGGAAGAUCAAGCCGAUGAAGAAGAAGAAGAUUAUGAUGAUGGCGACGACGAAGACAAACAACAAAAAUCCCAGGUUAAGGAGAAGAAGAAGAAGAUGGCAGUCGUCAGCGGUCAGAUUUACAAGGAAAAUCCCAAGGAGCAAAAACAACUGACCAAGCAAGAGGAAGGCCUGCGAGCGAAAAUGGUAAAAUCCAGACACAAGAAGUUGUACCGAAACCUGCUGGACAAACAGAAGAAGGCCACCAAGGAAGCGAACCUGCUGAGGGAGAAACGACAACACAUCGACAAACAGAAACGGCAGGAGCAGACGCAGAAGAGAAAAGCGCAGCGAAAGGAGAUUUUGGCUUAGGUGGCAUAACCGUUUGUUAGAUGAUAAGAUUCAGAGUAUGUAUUCAGUUCUUGUGAAUAAAUUAAUA